AUGGCCCUCUUCCCGCCGCCGCAGCACCAGCACAGCUGGACCUCAACGACGACGACGCCACCUGUGCUGAGACACCCGAUCGAAGAGCUUAUUGCCGAUGCGCACACUUCGCAAGAGACGGUCCUCGCCCAGCGCAGCCGAGAUCUACCCACUGCCGCAGAUCGAUAUCGCAAGCGACGAGGCAGACAUCCUCCCCCGGGUUUUGAUGCUUGGAUGCAGUAUGCAGUAGACCACGAUGCCAUCAUAGUCGAGUCCUUUUUCGAUAGGAUAUACCACGACCUGAGCCCAUACUGGGCCCUGGAUGCGAAGAUCUUGGCCGAGCGUGCCUCGUCGUGGCAUCACCAUGUGCGAGUAAGGAACGGCCAGGCCUAUCCGAUUGGAGAUACACACGGGCGUGUCGCAUGGCUCCAACUGUGGACCACAUUGGUCAACGAGUCGGCCCCUUACCUGCCUGAUGUGGAUAUGCCCAUCAAUUAUAUGGACGAAUCCCGCCUGCUUGUGCCUUGGGAAGAUAUAAACAAACAUGUCGCCAAGGAGCACACAAUGCGCUCCCUGGUUCCGAAGAGCAAGGUUGUCAAGAAGUACUCAGGAUUAGCCCAGGUGGAUGCGAAGCGCAACGAAACAAAACCUUACGACCCGGAAUGGGUGAAAAAUGUCAGAUAUUGGGAUCUCACGCGAGUGACCUGCAACCCAAACUCACCGUCUCGGGAUCUCCCUACCAUGGAGAGCUUCGAGCAGUACCCCAAGUUCUCGCCGGACUGGAACCCGAACUAUGCUCAUCGAGGAUACGUCCGCAACUUCUCAGCGGCAAUCGACCCUUGUGAGCAACCGCACCUGAGGGAGACGCACGGCACCUUCAUCGAGCCAUUGACCAUGUCAACGAGUAAGGAGCUAAUCCCGCUUUUCGGCGGAUCCAAGCUUCCAGGCAACAAUGAGAUACUGAUCCCAGGCGCCAUGUAUUUGACAGAUGACCCCUUCUACUCUGGCGGCGUUGAACACGGUCCUCCGUGGAAACAAAAGACAGAUGGCAUAGUCUGGCGCGGUGUCGGCUCAGGAGGUCGUCACAAGGCAGAGAAUUGGUCCCAUUUCCAGCGCCAGCGUCUCGUGGAGAUGCUGAAUGCCACCACUGUCUCAGGAAUGGAGGAGUCUAACACUCGAGCCCCCACCUUCGAGAUGCCACCCCUGAGCAAAUAUGAUUUUCCGCGGCGCCGGAGCAGUACCAUCGGCACGUGGCUUAAGACAUUCAGCAACGCCGGCUUUGUAGACAUGCUCUGCUUUCCAGUCGAGUCCAACUGCACGUACAUGCGCCCAUAUCUGAGCGAAGUCGAAAAAAUGCCCAUGUUGGAACAAUACGAAUACAAGUUCCUGCCUGACGUUGACGGAAACAGUUUCAGCGCGCGGUACCGUGGGUUCCUGCUGUCGACAUCGGUUCCCAUCAAGGCCACCGUCUAUGCGGAAUGGCACGACGAGCGGUUGAUGCCCUGGCAACACUUUGUGCCCAUGGACAACACCUUCCAGGAUCUGUACGGCAUCCUGGAUUACUUCACCCGGGACAAGAAGGGCGAUGACUCCGCCCGGUUUAUCGCGGAGGAAGGUCAGAAGUGGGCUUCCCAGGUUCUGCGCCGAGAGGAUAUGCUGCUCUACGUCUGGCGCCUACUGCUCGAGUGGGCUCGGAUAUGUGACGAGAAGCGAGAACUGCUCGGUUUUGUCGACGACCUGGCCGCCAAGGCUGGGUUUGACGAAGACGGCAGUGUAUGA